CUGGAAACUAAUAACUGUGUGUCCAGUAUGUCUAAAUAGAAGGGGCCAAUAAUUAUGUACCUGGAAGAAGCAGAAUUAGUUUUUGAAGGUUAUUUUGUUGUUAUUUUGAAUUAAAGUGAACUUUUGUGAAACUAUUAAAAUGUUCUUGUUUUUGUUAAUUAUCUAGUUUAAAAUGAUUGUGAAGUUUGAGAACGCCAUAAAUAAUAAUGCUUAUGCACAGAGCUCUAUUUACUUGGCUUAUAUUUUUAGUGUUUUUAAUAUUAUUGUGCCUUAGACUAGAAUCAAGAACGAACUGGAAUUGGUUUCUAAUAUUUCUUCCAAUAUGGGUUUACGACAUUGUCUUAUUCACUGAUGCCCUAUUUAACAUUUUAAUUCGAUGUAAACAGGAAACUACAAGAAAUUUGUUCAAAAACAAGCAUUAUCUAAUAAUUGCAUCAAUUUUUCUAAAAUUGGCCUUUCAAAUAAUGCUAUGCUUAAAAUUGGAGCAUAAAUCACUGAAUCUGCAAAUUUAUCAUAUACUUCUUCCAAUAUGGAUUUUGCUGCCACUGCUAAUUACAGAUAUUUCUGUAACACUUUUCAAGAAUACCUAUUAAGAAAACAUUGAAAUCGAGGAACACUCACACUUUGUACGAGAAAAACUAAAUUUUGUAGAAACCAUGUUUAAAGAUAUAUAAUUUGAUUGCUAUAUUUAAAUAUACUGACAA